UGGAGGAGGGUGCGUGUGUGUGCGCGCGUGUCUGUGUGCGCGCGUCGGCCGACUGCUCCCUCUUUGCGUUCUUUGCCAAUAGCCGUCACUGGGUCUUCAGGAGGUACUGAAGUCUCAGUAGCUUCCCGAGCUGGCCUCGGACUGCGCCCACAGCCGGCACCCACUGCGGUCGAGCAUCCUCCUCCGCCUCCGCGCCUCCUCUGGCCGGCCCCAGCGCUUUCUCCUCCUCUCCCGCUCUCGCCCUCUCGCCCUUUGGCGGGACGCGCGCUCCCGUUAGCUCCGGACCUAGUGUCUGAGCGGCUGGGGCGAUCUGUGAGACAACGGGACCCGGCGCCUGAGGCCCGGGCGGGGUCUCCGCGCCCUGUGAUUGGAGGAAGAGUCGCUGUUCUCCCGGCCGGAGCAAAAGGGUGCCAAAAGGGUGCCUUCAGUCCGCCCCGCGCGCGGAGCGGCGCGCACAGUGUCCCGAGGCGCCUACGGCGCCUGACUACAGAGCACGCGUCCUUUCGGAUGCAAACGCCUGGGUUCCUGGCGCCUGACGCCACCGGGAGGGCAGCGGGGCCCCAGGUACCUAUUACACCAUUCUUUGGCAGAAGCUAUUCAGCAGUGGUGACCUCUUCCAAUUCAACACUCUACAAAUUAUUAUCUCUGGACUCCCAGCUGACACCCUGCCGGAGGCAAGAGCUACUGAGCCAACUGGAACUGUGCCUUUUCUCUUGUCAAGUUUUUUUUCUUACACAGGAAAAAGAAAGAAAAAAAAAAAGAGAUGAAGUUGGGCAAAGUGGAGCUCUGCCAUUUAUUGCAGCUCAUCGCUCUUUUCCUGUGCUUCUCUGGGAUGAGUCAAGCAGAGCUCUCGAGGUCUAGAUCAAAGCCCUAUUUCCAAUCAGGAAGGUCCCGGACCAAGCGCAGCUGGGUGUGGAAUCAGUUCUUUGUACUGGAAGAAUACAUGGGUUCAGACCCCCUCUAUGUAGGAAAGCUUCACUCUGAUGUUGAUAAAGGAGAUGGUUCCAUCAAAUACAUCUUGUCAGGCGAAGGGGCAAGUUCCAUUUUCAUUAUUGAUGAGAAUACGGGAGACAUUCAUGCUACCAAAAGACUGGAUCGCGAGGAGCAGGCCUACUACACGCUCCGAGCUCAAGCACUGGACAGGCUCACCAACAAACCGGUAGAACCCGAGUCAGAAUUUGUCAUCAAAAUUCAGGAUAUCAAUGACAACGAACCCAAAUUUUUGGAUGGUCCGUACACGGCAGGAGUUCCUGAAAUGUCUCCUGUGGGGACUUCAGUGGUCCAAGUGACAGCAACUGAUGCUGACGAUCCCACAUAUGGUAACAGUGCCCGGGUGGUAUACAGCAUUCUGCAAGGACAGCCAUACUUCUCAGUGGAACCCAAAACAGGAAUCAUCAAGACUGCCCUUCCAAACAUGGAUAGAGAGGCUAAAGACCAGUACUUGCUUGUGAUUCAAGCAAAAGAUAUGGUUGGUCAAAAUGGCGGACUUUCAGGAACUACAUCAGUCACUGUUACACUAACUGAUGUCAACGAUAAUCCACCUCGCUUUCCUCGAAGGUCUUACCAAUAUAAUGUCCCAGAAUCAUUACCAGUAGCCUCAGUUGUGGCACGAAUUAAAGCUGCUGAUGCAGAUAUAGGAGUAAAUGCUGAAAUGGAAUACAAAAUUGUCGACGGUGAUGGAUUGGGAAUUUUUAAGAUAUCUGUUGACAAAGAUACACAGGAAGGAGUCAUUACUAUACAGAAGGAACUGGAUUUUGAAGCCAAAACAAGUUAUACAUUAAGGAUAGAAGCUGCAAAUAAAAAUUCAGAUCCUCACUUUGUAAGCUUGGGGCCGUUCAGUGACACAACCACCGUGAAGAUAAUUGUAGAAGAUGUGGACGAGCCCCCGGUGUUUUCUUCACCUUUGUAUCCCAUGGAGGUAUCAGAAGCGACCCAAGUUGGCAAUAUCAUUGGCACAGUCGCAGCUCAUGACCCAGAUUCUGCCAACAGCCCUGUGAGGUAUUCAAUUGACAGGAACACAGACUUGGAGAGAUAUUUCAAUAUUGAUGCCAACAGUGGAGUUAUUACAACCGCAAAAUCUUUGGAUCGAGAGACAAAUGCUGUUCAUAACAUCACAGUCCUAGCAAUGGAGAGCCAGAAUCCAUCUCAGAUAGGAAGAGGUUAUGUGGCCAUCACCAUUCUUGACAUUAAUGACAAUGCCCCAGAAUUUGCCAUGGACUAUGAGACCAUGGUGUGUGAAAAUGCACAACCCGGGCAGGUCAUCCAGAAAAUCAGUGCUGUUGAUAAAGAUGAACCAUCCAAUGGACACCAGUUCUACUUCAGCUUAACAAUGGAUGCAACAAAUAACCACAACUUUUCCUUGAAAGAUAACAAAGACAACACAGCCUCAAUACUAACCCGGAGAAGUGGCUUUCGGAGACAGGAGCAAUCUGUUUACUACCUGCCAAUUUUCAUUGUGGACAGUGGAUCCCCCUCACUCAGCAGUACCAACACCCUCACCAUCCGUGUGUGCGACUGUGACACAGAUGGCAUAGCCCAGACCUGCAAUGCAGAGGCCUACGUCUUACCUGCUGGCCUCAGUACAGGAGCCCUGAUAGCAAUACUUGCCUGUGUCUUGACAUUGUUGGUGUUGAUCCUCCUCAUUGUCACCAUGAGAAGACGGAAAAAAGAGCCUCUCAUUUUUGAUGAAGAAAGAGAUAUCAGAGAAAAUAUCGUUAGAUACGAUGACGAAGGUGGGGGAGAGGAAGACACUGAAGCAUUCGACAUGGCCGCACUGAGAAACCUAAAUGUCAUCAGAGAUACCAAGACCCGGAGGGAUGUGACCCCAGAGAUUCAGUUUUUAAGUCGACCGACUUUUAAAAGCAUCCCAGAUAAUGUCAUUUUUCGGGAAUUUAUUUGGGAAAGACUGAAAGAAGCCGACAUUGAUCCGGGUGCUCCCCCAUAUGACUCUUUGCAGACCUACGCUUUUGAAGGAAAUGGCUCAGUUGCGGAAUCACUCAGCUCUUUAGAUUCGAUCAGCUCAAACUCUGACCAGAAUUAUGACUACCUGAGUGACUGGGGACCUCGCUUUAAACGACUCGCAGACAUGUAUGGAACUGGCCAAGAGAGUUUGUACUCAUAGCCCUAGAACCUUAAUUUGAAAUGUACUGAAGAAAGAGUAACAUCAAAAAACAAAAACAACAACACACUACAUACAAAAAUCAAGAACUCCAUGAGUUGGAUGAAACUGGUUGUAAAUAUGUCUCCAUUUUUAACUAUUUAGGUUUCUGCCUUGGUGAAGCAUAUCUUCAUUAGACUUACCCAAGGGACUGCACUGACCACAGACUCUGAGCAUUUGAAGGUUUUUUAAUACAAAUAAAUGCUCAGUAGUUUGUGAAUAGAUAGCAACUCUAAUAUACCUGCAAAGGCACCUAACCUUCUUGAGCAAAUAGUGUCCUGUGUUGUCGUGAACCAACGAUGCCCUGGACAUGCUUUCAUGGUACUGUCAGUGAGAGGAAUCAAAUUAUUUCUGUAAGAAGAAUGUGCCAUCAAAAAACCCUGAAAUUUCUGACAUUUCAAAACUUGGCACAAAUUUAAUUUAUGGAAAUGCUUUUAGCUUACUA